AUGCAGGAACCGACCUAUGACCCCAGAGAUUGCCUACUCAUACAAGCUGGUCGGCAUCCCGAACAAGACUAUCGUCAGCCUGCGCAUCGAAUUUCCACCCAACGGAUCAACUCCCCCCAUCGGCAUGGGGGCGCGAACGUUGGCGCUUAUGUCCUUAAAGGAACGCUCCUUAAUAAAAUGAACGAAGAGCCUAUGAAAACGAUUGAAGAGGGUGGAAGCUGGUUUGAAGCACCUGGGUGUCAUCAUCGCAUCAGCGAUAAUGCUAGCAAGACCGAGCCCGCCACGCUCAUUGCUACCAUGCUGACGGACACUGAAGUGUUUGAGAGGGACGGUAUGGGGGCGCUUAUCCAGAUUGACGAGGAGUAUCGGUAA